AUGAAGACUUUGUACCAGUUGGCGUUCGAAGCUGUUCCGAAUCCGGGAUUAAUGGCUGACACGUUCCUUGUUCCAUUGCACCCGGUUGCAAAAGAAUUACAAGAGCGCCAAUAUACUGAGGACGGAAAUCGGUAUAGAGAACAACAUCGAGUAAACUUCAGGUGUGUAUACGAAGAAUUGUUGUUUAUCGAAGCAUGGUUUUCAAACUCAAAAAUUUACCCUAGUGAUGUUGUGCUUUUAGACCGAUUGUUGAAUCACUGUUUUGGAUAAGAGACUGCACAUGGUUAAGUGUGAAGACCAAAUGCUGUAUGAUUGAACUGUAAAAACGUGUUUUUAAACGCGCUUGUUUACACCAAAUGAAAGUUAGAAGAUGGACCCUGUACUGUCAUAAAACCGAAUGGAUUCCCGUUGAUUUUUGGGCACCAGUGUGUUCGCAUUGUAAAAGAAUUAGGACAACGGGAUUAACACUAGACGGAGUAGUUUUGCAAAGGCAAAAGAAAUUUGUUGACAAAAAUGAGGAGGCACGAUUAAUUCGUCUUUAUUACUAUACUCCUCGUAGACGCUUAGAAUUUAUGUAAGUUGUUUUUCUUUUAGAAAAUGUUUAACCCAACUGAAACUUAGAAGAUGGAAUACCUAUUGUCAUAAAACCGAAUGGGUCGCGAUUAAGUACGCUAAGUACGGAGAAGACCCAAGGUGUCCACAUUGUAGAAGAAUUAGGACAACACGAUUAACACUAGACGGAUUACGUUUGCAAAGGCUAAAGAAAUUUGUUGACAAAAAUGAGGAGGCACGAUUAAUUCGUCUUUUUUACUAUACUCCUAUUCGUAGACGCUUAGAAUUGAUGUAAGUUGUUUUUUCUUUUAGAAAAUGUUUGCGACAAAUUAAGAAGCGUCAUUGUUGUAGUUCAGUCCAAUGGCUUUCUUUUAUCCAAGAAGCCUGUUCGCAGUGUUUAA